UUGUGCGACAGGCCGCGGCGCGAGCGGGGCCUCACUCAAGCAGAAAAACGGUCCGACACGAGUUAACGGGUUGGGAGAGAGACACAGAACCACGGGACCACCGCACACCGGUUUCCCACAGUAACGGCCAAAUAGACGUGAACAGAGUGGCGGCUUGAAACGCACAGAAGACGAAAGAAUACAAAACCCGUGCAUGUGGAGAGCAGUUUGCUGGCUGCCAACGAGCGAAGUAGCUAACCAUCGUUAGCGAGCUAGCCAGCUUUUGUAAUCCGCCGGCCAGACACACUUUCGUCCGCCACAAACCAGGCCGAAACACGAAUUUCAAGUGAGGCCAUACAAACAAAACCGAAAGGACAAAUAAGGCACCGGCGGCGCAAGGAGGCUGGUUCUGGGGGCGAGGCCAGAGGACGAGACUCAAUGAGUUUCCAGCGAAAUGUCAGAGAAGUCAGGGCAGAGCACCAAGGCAAAGGAUGGUAAAACAAAGUAUGCAACCCUUAGCCUCUUCAAUACCUACAAGGGCAAAUCUCUGGAAACCCAGAAAACUGCAGUGGCUGCCAGACAUGGGCUCCAGAGUUUGGGCAAAGUUGCUGUCAGUCGGCGCAUGCCCCCUCCAGCUAACCUGCCCAGCCUGAAGGCAGAGAACAAGGGAAAUGACCCCAACGUCAAUAUUGUCCCUAAAGAUGGUAGUGGCUGGGCAUCCCGAAAUGAGGCAGGGGAGGAGAGACAACAGGAAACGCCCCCACCCCCAGUAAAACCACCAGUGCCCCAGCCACAGGAGCUUUCUACUGGGGGCAGUCGCUCUUGGGCUAACAGCAAGCAAACACAGCUAGAUGGAGCUCCUCGUGUGAGCAGCCAUUUUCACCAUGAGUUUCCCAGCUUGCAAGCGGCUGGUGAGGCAGAGAAGGGCCACAGUCAAGAGGAGGAGCCGUAUGGACCGGGUCCCAGCCUCAGACCUCAAAAUGUUGGCAGUUGGCGUGAGGGUGGAGGCAGGAAUUUGAACACUGCACCCAGCCCGUCUGAAAUGGACAAUAGGGCUGCAGAGGAGGGUAGUACGGGCCUUGGUACCUCCACACCACCUGUGGAAGCUGAUGAACCUGGCCGGACCAUAACGACAGAUGGUCAGAGGGAGAAGAAAGAUGGCAGGGAGAGGCUGCCCCCCUCUGGCCCUCCUCAACCUAAACUUAAUGGGGGGCAGCAGCCUCCUGCUGGGGUGCCAACUCACUUUGACCCUGCUUUCAAGAGCAUGAUGCCACCCUAUAUGUUCCAUGCCUAUCCUCAAAUGUCUUUUGCCACUGGGCAAGGAAACAUCAGAUACCCUGUACCACAAGAUGGAUCAAAGGGUCCUCGUUCGUCCCGACCACAGCAAGCUCCCCCUCAGUCGUGGCUCCUGGACCCAGAUAGGCCCUCUAUCAUCAGUGCAUCAGAACUGAAGGAGUUGGACAACCUGGACACUGAUACUGAUGAAGGCUGGGCAGGAGCUCAGAUGGAGGUGGACUACACUGAGAAACUAAACUUCAGUGAUGAUGAGGAGAACCAAGCUGCUAAAGAGAAGGGAGAAAACUGGGAGUGGAUGGGCAAAGUGGAACGUAUAAGACCUCGGCCAACAGAUAUUCAGGAGGGAUCUGAGGACCGUGGAGGAAAUAAGACGUCGUGGUCAGAGAGUGUAGAUCCUAGAGCUCCAUCACCUGGCAGUAUGGCGCAGUUCAGUAAAUCAGCUGCUCCACAGGACUACCAGGGAGGUAGUCGUACGGUUAGUGGUGCAGCAGCACGUGGGAGCAAGCCGCAGGCUACAUCAGCACCUGAUGAGGACUCUGACGCCUGGAGACAGAAGCGCAAGAAGCCUUCAGAAGUUUCUGAAGCUGUAGAAAGAGCGAGGCGGAGAAGAGAGGAGGAGGAACGGCGGAUGGAAGAACAGAGGCUUGCAGCUUGUGCUGAAAAACUUAAACGUCUCAAUGAAAAACAUCGACAGGCAACUGAGGGCAUAUCCUCCCCUUUACAGUCCAUCACUGAUGAAGCAGGAGUUGCCAAUGAGAUAACGUCUGAAUCCAUUCCUGUUCCUACUCCUGUGCCCAGUCCUGUACCUUCUGGCUCAGUUUUAGAAUUGCAGGCACCAAUCAUACAAGAUCCUCUACCUGAAAGGGUGGAUCGAGACAUGGAGAGUAUGGAGCAAGAACAGGAGAGAGUUGAACCAAGUGCAGAGGUGGAGGAGCCCUUGGCUCGUCGGCCCAGCCCCCCUAUCCAGAGACCCGUGGCUUUAGUACCUGAAAUUCUAAGCGAGGAAGAGACCUCUUUGGCUGAGGUAGGCCCUUUAUUGGAGGAGAACCAGACUGAAAGGAUAACAGUGCCUAACCAAGACUAUUUCAAUAUAGAGGACAACAGAGUGGAUGAGCCCCACCUGUCUCUUCCUCACAUGGACACACCAAGUGGAGAGGAAGUCCCUGUGGCACCCCCACAGCUGGAAGGAGAAGCAGCUGCUGCCAUGCGUCCUUCUCUAACCUCAGGCUAUUCUAAACAGUUUCAAAAAUCUUUACCACCUCGUUUCCUCAGGCAGCAGGAGCAGAUGAAACAGCAACAGUGGCAACAACAGCAGCAGCAGAGUGGUGGCUCUGUGUCCCCAUCGGGUGCUGGCAAUGUUCCAGCUACUCAGCAACAACAGCAACAGCAGCAGCAGCAGCAACAACAACAACAGCAACAGCAACAGCAGCAGCAACAACAGCAGCAGCAGCAACACCGCUCCAUAUAUCAACCUAUGGGCCCCCACCACCAGCACCUGGCCUCCAUGGGGUUUGACCCCCGCUGGCUAAUGAUGCAGUCAUACAUGGACCCUCGCAUGAUGUCCGGACGUCCUCCUUUGGACAUGCCAACUAAUAUUCAUCCUGGGAGAAUGCCUCCUAAGCAGAUUGUGCGCAGAGAGCCUGGAGACAACUCAAGCUCCAGCUCUGACUCCUUUGACCACUUGACUCGACCAAUUCGUGAUCAUGGUCUGCCCACAGAUUCGCGUAUGGUAUGGGGAUCUGACCCAUACCCGCAAUCGGAGCCUCUGCCUUCUGUAACACCUCCAAAAGGACGUAAUGAUAACAAGGAGUUGAGGAUGGACUCUGGUCUGGAUUUGGAUAGGGGUCUGCCAGCUAUGUAUCCCCAGGACCAAAGUGCAUUGGACUCGCGUAAGACAAACUUCUUUCGGGAUCCUAUAGAGCCUCUCUCAACAUUUACCCAGGGUCCAGAGGACACCUCUGGGUCUCUAGACAGGGUCCCUGUAGGUACAGUCUUUGAUCCAGAGGAACCAGGCCUCCCGAGUGGGGAAGAGGUGGAGGCUCUUGGUCAAGCCAUGCUCCAACGAAGUGUUUCCCAGGGCUCAAGCCAUUCACUCAAGCUUGAUGAGCCCAGGUUUGAUGGGCUUCCCCUGGGAACAAAAUCACUGGAGUUACAAGAAACGGGAGAGAGAACUGAAGAUAAGCUCCAAAAUGAGCUCUACUCCCAGACUGCAGUGACAAACAAUAGGGCUACUCCUCCUGCUGAUGGUUUACACAAACAAGAGAAGCUGCCUUUGCCAGUUCCUAGCAAGCAGAAGGCUGACCUUCGUUGGGGUGGUAGAUCAGGGGCUGGACGCAGAGAAGGACCAGGAGGGGAGAGACCACUCCGCAGGUCUGGGCCAAUUAAGAAACCUGUCCUGAGGGACAUGAAAGAAGAGAGGGAGCAAAGGGAGGAGAGAGAGAAGCGACACGAGAGACCAGAGCGGGGAGACAAGUCCAAAAAGGAGCAGUCAUCUAAAGCUCCUCCCGCAGUUGCUUCUUUGCCUGAGGGCCCCAGGCCUCAGAGUGAAGGAAAGAGAGAGACUACAGAACUUGAGGAAAUACUGACAGGACAUCAGAGAGUGAGAGACUCUCAGCCUUCAUCUGGGGCUCCCACGUCAUCCUCUCAAGAGGAAAAGGUAGACAAACCACCCAGCAAUGACAAACAUCCUGAACCCAAACUUCCCUCCAGGAAAGAGUCUAAUCUACUUCCACGUUCCUACCGACGGGAGGAAAGGGAAAGGGAAAGAGAAAGGGAACGAGAUAGGGAGAUGGACAAGGACAGAGAAAGAGAAUGGCCUGCUGAUUCUAGUUUCAAAGGACGUGGUCGAGGGGAGUAUUACUCUAGAGGUCGUAGCUACAGAGGUACUUACGGUGGCCGAGGCAGGGGGAGCCGUGGCAGAAGUCGAGCAGAGUACCCUUACAGAGAGCCUCGAUCACGCUCUGAUUUACCUUCUGCUGGGGGUGCUGCUGCUUUUCGCAACAGGGAAGAAAGCGAAACGCGCAGUGAAAGCUCAGACUUUGAAGUUAUACCAAAACGCAGGCGACGACGAGGUUCAGAUACAGAUUCUGAAAGUGAAGGUGGGCGGGAGUCUGCCAGUGACACUGGUCCCUCUGACCGUGAACCUAGUACCAAACCUAGCCAUCCAUUGCGACGAGAACUGCCUGGGGAGGUCAGGCCUGGACCCCACAAGCCAGGCUUUGGACCACCUCACAUGGGGGAAAAGGUUGGAUCUAGAGGGGAUGAUGAAGCUAGGCCAAAGCCAGGAUUCCUUCCUAAAGGAGAGCCUUCUCGGCGAGGAAGAGGUGGAUUAUACAGUAGAAGAGGUGUAGCAAGGGAACGUGGUGGCCCUCGCUCAACUCCUCUUAGACGACCAGUGACAAAAGAGUCCAAUCAGUGGCCCUCCAAACCCAUGGAGACAUUCAGACCAGAGGAAACCGAGUCUACAUCAAGAUAUGACAAUCCCCCCUCUGACCGACGGGCACCUAAGUCCGAUGGCAAGAAAUUUGUGGAUGGGCCUCAGAGUAGCAGAGAAAGGCCUCGCCGGUCCCGACCAGCACGGCCCCCCAGGCAAGAUAAACCUCCCAGGUUUAGGCGCUUGAAGGAGCGGGAGGCUGCAGUCUUAGGUACUGGAGAAACAGUCCCAGGUCAUCCUGUCCCUUUACCCCCAGUGCCUGCUACUGCACCCAGUUCUGCCCCAAUUUCCCUCUCCCCAACUCUGUCUAGAGCCCCAGGAACCCCUGUGACUGUGCCUGUGGAAGUGGGAGCAACUAUGCCUGUACCCGACCUGCCGUCUUCUACAGAAACACCUUUGCCUGAGACAAGCAGCCCCACUAUCACAGCAGUGGGUACUAAAUCCCCUGACCUGUCCAACCAGAACUCUUCAGAUCAAGCCAAUGAAGAAUGGGAGACUGCUUCGGAGAGCAGUGACUUCAAUGAAAGGAGAGAACGAGAAGAGAGGAAAGGAGCAGUGGAGGCCACUCGUGAAGCAGCCGCUGCCUCUGCUGUAGCACCUGUGCCCCCUCAGGCCUCCUUGACCCCCAAUAAAACCCCUCCUGAUGGAGGUGUGACACCAAAACGUGAUGGAGCUCCUGGGGCCAAGAGGAGUUUCUCAAGCCAGAGGCCGACGGAGAGACCAAACCGUAGAGGCAACAGUGGAGCCAAACCAGGCCGGAGUUACACAGGGGGCAAGGGGGAGAGAAGAGGAGGAGCCAAACCAGGCCGCAAAGGCCCUCUAGCCCAUCAAAACGCAGAGGCAACAGCACCAACAUCUGGAGGAGCAGCCCAAAGACCUACAAAAGAGCAGGCUGUCCGUCGUAAAGAUGACAAACAGGCUGCUAAGAAACCUAAGGAGAAUGCUCUUUCUCAGUUUGAUCUUAACAAUUAUGCAAGUGUUGUGAUCAUUGAUGAUCACCCAGAGGUCACCACCACAGAGGACCCACAGUCGAGCACUAAUGAUGAUGGCUUCACAGAGGUGGUCUCGCGCAAGCAACAAAAACGCCUGCAAGAUGAAGAGAAACGUAAAAAGGAAGAGCAAACUACUCAGAAUUGGGGUAAAAAAGGUUCUGGUGAGAAGAGCAGAGGGGGAGGAGGAAAGCUGCCACCUAGAUUUGCUAAAAAGCAGUCAUCACAGCAGCAGCAGCAGCAGCAGCAACAACUACAACAACAACAGCAGCAACAGCAAGUCUCACAGCCUCAAUCUGCUGUAGCUCCUAUUCCCCAAGUCCAACAGCAGCCCACCAUCUCUUCCUCCCAACAUCCUCACGUACCCCCCUCUCAGCCUGCUGCAUCCCCUCAAACUCUGGAGGGAACAGUGGCUCCUCUGCCCUCCAUUCCCCCUGCUACUGUGGACUUCACCUCAAAGAGUCUUCUUCCUGCACCUACCCAGACACACAGUGCUCUCGGCACAGAACUGUGGGAGAAUAAGGUGGCAGCCUCCACUGUCCUUCCUGAUGUGAAGAAGCUUGGUCCAAUCAGCCCACCUCAACCCCCUUCUGUGAGUGCGUGGAACAAACCUCUUACCUCCUUUACUGGCACAGUCUCUUUGGAGGGUGUGAAGUCUGGAGCAGAGGGCAAUGUAGAAUUGACAAUAGACAGUAUUCAGUUUGGUGCACCAUCAUCUGCCGGCAGCACAGACAGUGAUGGGGUUCCAGCAUUAAUUGAAAAAAGCUCUGAAAACAAACUUCCUGCUCCCAAAGAACAGCGUCAGAAACAACCUCGAGCUGGCCCAAUCAAAACACAGAAGCUUCCUGAAAUGGAAUUAUUGGAAACAAAAGAAUACAAACCAGGUCCUAUUGGUAAAGAGCGUUCUUUAAAGAACCGCAAGGCCAAAGAUGCACGUGGUGGAGAAGGCGAGGGCAUGGAGGGAGCAGUACCUGUAGGAGGUGUGAGCAGAGCCACAGACUCCAGUCCUCCCACCAGUGACACCACAGUACCUGAGCUGGGUGGAGACAUCGAGGGCAUGAUUACGGUCCCCUCAGCAGAGUAUAACAGUAUCUCAAAGGAAUCGGUCACUGACUAUACCACUCCCUCCUCCUCACUGGCUGACAGUGUUCCAACUGGAGGGAACAAAUUGGAGGAAAGCUUAGUGGCAAAUGUGGCACUUCCCCAUUCAUUGCCCCUUCCUCGACGAGAAACCCUGCAGCAGAGCUCCAGCCUCAGCACCGUCUCCCCUGCUACUGUUGACCUAACACUAAAGAUGGAAUCUGCUCGUAAAGCUUGGGAGAACUCCCCCAGUCUGGAGAAGAAUUCUCCAGUGACGACGUCUUCUUCCCCCAUCACCUCCUGUGCAUCCUCUUACUCUUUCUCUUCAGCCUCCAUGCCACAGAUCCCUGUGGCUUCUGUUACUCCCAGCACCUCUCUGUCUGGUUCUGCGACUUAUACAACUUCAUCCCUCAGCACUAAGACCACCACAGCCUCUGAUCCUCCAAACAUCUGUAAGGUGAAACCCCAGCAACUGCAAGGUGGAAGUCUGUCCUCCUCCAGCAGUAGCAGUAGUAGCAGCAGCUUCUCUCAGCUGGGCUGCGUGCCUCCCCUCCUGACUCAGCAACAGCAGACCCCACAGGUGUACGUCUCCCAAUCUGCAGCAGGUUCUGCAGCUCAGAUUCCAGCAUUCUACAUGGACACUAGCCACCUCUUCAGUUCCCCCCACCCUCGCUUGGCUCCUCCCUCCCUAGCACAGCAGCAAGGCUUCCAGCCUGGACUCUCACAGCCAACAGCAGUGCAACCAAUUCCCAUCCCAAUCUACGCUCCACUGCAAGGUCAGCAUCAACAUCAACAUCAACACCAACAUCAACAUCAACACCAACACCAACAUCAACAUCAACACCAACACCAACACGCACACCAGCCCCAGCUAGGACUUGGCGCAGGACCUCCAGUCUCCCAGCCACAAGAUCUGUUCAGCUCUUCCCUUCAGCCUUACAGGUCUCAGCAGGCGUUCAUGCAGAACAGCAUGUCACAAGCCUCCAUGAUGCUGUCAGGGCCGUCCCUGCACAGCUACCCUGGGGUGCAAGCACCUGAGCUGGGCAAGCCUCAGUCCAACCUAGCCUAUCAGCAGCCGUCAUCCACCCAGCACAUUCCCAUUCUGUUUGAGCCACAGCUCAACCAGCCCUCUGGGAUGGGAGGCUCCCAGCUUAUGGACACACACAUGCUGCAGGCUCGACAGGGGAUGAAUCAACAUUCAAAUAUGUAUUCGGGGCAGGUGCAACAGCAUGGCCAGAGCAGCUACUACAGCAACACUCAGUCCCCCAGUUCAGCAAUGCAACAGGUGACAGUCCCCCUACCUGGUUCCCAAUUGUCCUUGCCAAACUUUGGUUCAGGUGGAGGACAGCCCCUCCUAGCACUACCCCCCACUCCUCAGGCGCAGCCCAACAUCAACCGACAGCCCUCAGUCUCCCAACAGUAUCGAGGCAUGAUGGGCCCCAACCACAACAUGAUGCAGCCACCAACUAGCAAGAUGGACAUGGAUCUCAAACUCUUUGGCAGUGCGAUGGAUGUGAAGCCUGGAACCCCUCCUGUCAAUGCCAGGAGCACUACACCUACUUCCGGUCCAUACAGGGCCAGCUCCACCUCUCCCAGUAGCCAGUCAAGUAAGAUUAACAGCAUGCUGUACCAGAAGCAGUUUCAGCCCAGCUCUGGGAUGAGGAUGACGCAGCACUUCCCUGGUCAAUUCAAUCCACAGCUCCUCUCUCAGCCCAACAUAGUUUCUCCUCUGGUGCGACCUCCUCAUGCUAACUCGUUUGCUGGAGGUGUCCAGCGUUCUCCCAUGGGUCCUCCAAUGGCGCCUAAUGUGGGUGGUGGUUUAAUGCCUCAUCCCCGACCCCAGCAUCCUCAACACAGCCAGCACCCUCCUCGAGGACCCCCCGGUCCCUCUAUUGUACUCAGAGGCACGCAGGCGGCUCUAAAGGCUGAACAGGACCUAAAGGCAAAGCAGCGAGCGGAGGUGCUCCAGUCUACUCAUAAGUUCUUUGAGCAGCAGCAGCAGCAGCAGCAGCAGCAGCUCCAGCUCCAGCUCAAGGCCCCACAAGUCAGCAAAGCUCCCCGGCUUGAUCAGGGAGGAAAACCCUCUCUCGACACUGUGGCCCCAAACCACCAGGCAGGAGGAGAGCGCAUCGAUUCUGACAAACCCCCCAUCUCCGCAGCUAAGCCCAUACGGACUGGCCCCAUAAAACCACAGGCCAUCAAACCAGAAGAGGGCAAAUAAAGAACUGUAGCCCCUCUUCAGAUGACAAUAUAAAUGGAUGUAAGAGUGAGAAUCUAGUCCCAUUUACGAAGGCCCCACCUCAUAUCAGCCCCAGUGGACAGUGUAGGGGGGGGAGGAUGAGUUUGGUAGAGAUCCAAAUGGUUGUGGUUACUGAGAACAGGUGCCUACAUGUAUCAAUAUAAUCCUCUUCCUUUCUUCCCCUGUCUUGUACCACUGUAGGUGGAGGGCAUUUGAGUUGGAUUUUUCUAUCAUAUUUGGAUGCCAAUGAAAUGGCUGCACAAGUUGUUCCAUGGAGAUCUACGACGGUAGACAAGACACGAGUUGGAGAGAGAAAAUUGAAAUAAUUUGCUGCUGAGUUUGCCACUUUUAUAGCUCUUGAUUUCUGUUCCUUUUUUAAUUUUAUUUUAUUUGUUCCCUUUAAAAUAGGAUCAUGCAUAUUAUGGGAGAGACCCAUUUUGUUAAUGGAAGACUAAAUCAGAUUUGUUUUUGUAGUCGAAACAAUCUUAAGUGUACGUAGUGAAGCACACUUGUUUUUGUUGCCCAAUGUCCGAUCAUAACUAAUCCAGAGAUGCGUGCUUGUGCACACACUCCCUCAACGGUUUCAUCUACAGUUAUUGCACAGAGACAUGAAUCACAGAUUUUGUUGUUUUGUUUUAUCAGAAUGGAAAUUGCAACAUUUGAUUUAAAUGGUUGAUUUAUUGAUUGUCUGACUGUGGGCCUUUGCUCCUGCCUUGUGCUCUCAUCUCCUUGCCUGAGAAUAACUGAUGUGUUGAGUGUGUAGUAUAAACAGGAUCUCCUGUAUAUUUAGCCAAAGGUUAAAGCAGCAAAGAGACAUCACAGCCUUUUGGAUUGCUUUUGCUGUGGCAGCAGAUUUGAAUGGACUUGCAGGAUUUCAUUGAAAACGUAUGAUGACUUCUUAACAGCUGUUCCAAUUUAGGGGCUACUGUCACACACCUUGUCACUGCUUUCACACCCAUCCUUGCUGUCACACACACACACACUUCACUGUAAGGCACCCAGACUUGCUGCUAAUGACUGAUUUCAGUGCCCUUAGCUAGAAAAUGGCAGGAUAGGGCAAUUUAGAGGAAUAGAAACGUUGAAGAGUUGAUUGUUUUUAAACGGUAGAAAACUUUUCAGCGUAUGUCAACCCCCAAAACAAGGGGGAACACGAUCAGAACGAAGAAAAAGAUGGUCAGAAGGACACUUAUUGUUUUGUAGUCUAUACUGAUGAGAGCAAUCAGCGCUGUUUUCUGUCUCUGCCCCCCCUCUGCUGGCUGUCCCACCCACAGUGUUCUCAUGUCGAGGUUGUGGUGACGAGGGUCCUUCAGAAUCGUACAGCAGUAUGCUUCCUGAGCUGGGGAGGGUGUCCUCCUCCUCCUCCUCCUCCUACCCUAGCUGAGAAAAGUCAUUGCAGUGGGGAAUGAAUGAAUGAGGGAGGGUGGGGAAUGAUUAUUUUUGUUUUGUUUUAUUUUUUUUGUUGUACUUGUACAGGGGUUUCAUCGCUGUAUUAAAAGAUGUACGGUCUUAUUUACAUUCUCUUGGUUUGGUUACAGAAACUAAUAAAAAAUAAUAUACUGUU